UCCUCCAGCCCUCCCCACCCCAGGGCUCCUGCUCCCUUUCCUGCAUUCCCGGAGCAGCGGGAGGGCGUGUGCGGGGAGCCUGCCCUGCCGGGCUGAGCGGGCAGCCACAGGCCGCUGGCCGCAGCCACUGAAGAUGUGCCCCGCCAGGGCCGCCGGGCGCUGAGAGAGUGAGGGCCGCCGCUGGCGCCCACCCACCAUGUCUCAGAUGCUGCACAUUGAGAUCCCCAACUUCGGCAACACCGUGCUCGGCUGCCUGAACGAGCAGCGCCUGCUGUGCCUCUACUGCGAUGUGUCCAUCGUGGUUAAGGGCCAGGCCUUCAAGGCUCACCGGGCUGUGCUGGCGGCCAGCAGCCUCUACUUCUGCGACCUGUUCAGCGGCAACAGCAAGAGUGCCUUCGAGCUGCUGGGCACCGUGCUGCCCGCUUGCUUCCAGCAGAUCCUGUCCUGCUACACGGGCAAGCUGACCAUGGGGGCCAGUGAGCAGCUGGUGGUCAUGUACACGGCCAACUUCCUGCAGAUCCAGCACAUCGUGGAGCGCGGCACCGACCUCAUGUUCAAGGUGAGCUCGCCCCAUUGUGACUCCCAGACAACCGCGAUGGAGGACGCCAGCUCCGAGCCCCAGAGCCCCUGCACCCAGCUGCAGCACCCCUAUGUCGUGUCCCCCUCCGUGCCCAUCCCGCUGCUGACCCGUGUGAAGCUCGAAGCCAUGGAGCUGCCGCCAGCUGCUGGCCCGGGCCUGGCUCCCAAGCGCCCGCUGGAGGUGGGGCCACGGGACGGCGUGGCGGUGGUGGCCGGCACUGCGCUGGUGGCCGGUGCCGCCCCCUUGAAGCUGUCUGGGGUCUCCUACUACAGGGUGCCAAGCCUGGCCACCCUCAUCCCCGGAGUCCUGCAGGCGCCAUACCCCCAAGGGGAGCGGACCAGUCCGGGGGCCAGCAGCCUGCCCACCACCGACAGCCCCACCUCAUACCACAAUGAGGAGGAUGAGGAGGUCGACGAGGCCUAAAUGGUGGACGAGCAGUACAGCCAGGUGUACAUCAAGGCCACGGGCAGCUACGCAGUGCCCAAGAAGCCGGAGCCGGUGCCGCUGGAGAGCUGCUCCUGUGUCCUUAUCUCCUGUGACCUCGUGGCACUGCCCACCAGCCUCAUCAGCCAGAUUGGGUACUGCUGCCACCCCAAGCUCUACUCAGAGGGUGACCCUGGCGAGAAGCUGGAGCUAGUGGCAGGCUCCGGGGUGUACAUCACGCGUGGCCAGCUCAUGAACUGCCACCCGUGCGCGGGGGUGAAGCACAAGGUCCUGCUGCGCAGGCUCCUGGCCACCUUCUUCGACAGGAACACGCUGGCCAACAGCUGUGGCACAGGCAUCCAUUCGUCCACCAGCGACCCCAGUUGCAAGCUGCUGGACAGCCGAGUCCUGAACGCUGUGACUUACUGUCAGAACUUCGCCCCCAGCUUCAAGGAGAGCAAGAUGAACAUGAUCGCUGCGGACAUGUGCACCAACGCCUGGUGCUUGUGCAAGCGCUGGCUGCCCAAGAUCAAGUCCAUGCUGCCGGAGGGCGUGGAGAUGUACCGCUCGGUCAUGGGCUCCGCGGUGGGCAGCGUGCCCCUGGACCCCGAGUUCCCGGCCGCCGCAGCCCAGCUGUUCAAGCACGAUGGCCCCAGCAUCAUGGCUCUGAGGACCGACGCCGUGAAUGUCGACCUGGCCGACGCCGACGAAGAGGUGAACGGGGCCGGCUCAGUCAUCCAGGGUGCCGCACCGGAGCCGCUGCCGGCCGCCGGCCAGAGCCCCCCGCAGCCCUUCGAGCAGGCCAGCGGCAGCCCCGGAAGGCCGCAGAUGCUGGCCACUGCGGCCCGCAGGCCCGAGGGCACCUGCGCGAGGACUUUGUAGGCGGGCGCGGCCAGGGCACUAGGGCUGCUUGCAUGUGAUACUAAUACAAUGUGAUCACACGCUCACCUACUGAACUGCUACUGUUGCCUGAGAAAAAUGUGAUUUUACUCUGCUUGUAUUUAAACGGAUAAAAAAAAGAGAAAAUAUACAA